UCCUCGGACUUUUCCGGUCGCGGUCGGGCUUUUCCGUCCGACUCCCGCGCCGCGCGCUCCCCCCGGCUUCGGGCAUUUCCGAGUCCCGUUCGGGAGUCUUCGGCCAUCGCUCGGCCUCCCCCAUCCCCCGGUAACGGUCGCUGGUGAGUUUAAAUGAGCCGGGGCUGGCCGGGCCGAAGCCGCUACGGGGGGGGCCUGAGGCACUGCAGAAAGUGGGCCUGAGCCUCCAGGAUGACGGUGCUGCAGGAACCCGUGCAGGCUGCUAUAUGGCAAGCACUAAAUCACUAUGCUUACCGAGAUGCCGUUUUCCUCGCCGAACGACUGUAUGCAGAAGUACAUUCAGAAGAAGCCUUGUUUUUGCUGGCAACCUGCUAUUACCGCUCAGGAAAGGCAUAUAAAGCAUAUCGACUCUUGAAAGGACAUAGUUGUACUACACCUCAGUGUAAAUACCUGCUUGCAAAGUGUUGUGUUGAUCUCAGCAAACUUGCAGAAGGGGAACAAAUCUUAUCUGGUGGAGUGUUUAAUAAGCAGAAAAGCUAUGAUGAUAUUGUUACUGAAUUUGGUGAUUCAGCUUGCUUUACUCUUUCAUUGUUGGGACAUGUGUAUUGCAAGACAGAUCGGCUUGCCAAAGGAUCAGAAUGUUACCAAAAGAGCCUUAGUUUAAAUCCUUUCCUCUGGUCCCCCUUUGAAUCAUUAUGUGAAAUAGGUGAAAAGCCAGACCCUGACCAAACAUUUAAAUUAACAUCUUUACAGAACUUUAGCAACUGUCUGCCCAACGCUUGUACAACACUAGUGUCUAAUCAUAGUUUAUCUCACAGGCAACCUGAGACAGUUUUAACAGAAACGCCUCAGGACACAAUUGAAUUAAACAGGCUGAAUUUAGAAUCUUCCAAUUCAAAGUAUUCCCUAAAUACAGAUUCUUCAGUGUCUUACAUUGAUUCCGCUGUAAUUUCACCAGAUACUCUCCCUCAUGGAACAGGAACUUCCAUAUUAUCUAAACAGGUUCAAAAUAAACCAAAAACUGGUCGAAGCUUAUUAGGAGGACCACCUGCUCUUAGUCCAUUAACCCCAAGUUUUGGGAUUUUGCCAUUAGAAACCCCAAGUCCUGGAGAUGGAUCCUAUUUACAAAACUACACUAAUACAACUUCUGUAAUUGACGUGCCAUCCACCGGAGCCCCUUCAAAAAAGUCUGUUGCCAGAAUCGGCCAAACUGGAACAAAGUCUGUCUUCUCCCAGAGUGGAAAUAGUCGAGAAGUAACUCCAGUCCUUGUCGCACAGACACAGAGUUCCGGGCCCCAAACAAGUACAACACCUCAGGUAUUGAGCCCCACUAUCACAUCGCCCCCUAACGCACUGCCUCGAAGAAGCUCACGACUUUUCACUAGUGACAGCUCCACAACCAAGGAGAAUAGCAAAAAAUUAAAAAUGAAGUUUCCACCUAAAAUCCCAAACAGAAAAACAAAAAGCAAAACUAAUAAAGGAGGAAUAACUCAACCUAAUAUAAAUGAUAGCCUGGAAAUUACAAAAUUGGAUUCUUCCAUCAUUUCAGAAGGGAAAAUCUCUACAAUUUCACCUCAAAUCCAGGCGUUUAAUCUACAGAAAGCAGCAGCAGAAGGUUUGAUGAGCCUUCUUCGUGAAAUGGGGAAAGGUUAUUUAGCUUUGUGUUCAUACAACUGCAAAGAAGCUAUAAAUAUCUUAAGCCACCUACCUUCUCACCACUACAAUACUGGCUGGGUACUGUGCCAGAUUGGAAGGGCCUAUUUUGAACUUUCAGAGUACAUGCAAGCUGAAAGAAUAUUUUCAGAGGUUAGGAGGAUUGAGAAUUACAGAGUCGAAGGCAUGGAGAUCUACUCUACGACGCUUUGGCACCUUCAGAAAGACGUGGCUCUUUCAGUUCUUUCAAAAGAUUUAACAGACAUGGACAAAAAUUCCCCAGAGGCCUGGUGUGCUGCGGGCAACUGUUUCAGUUUACAACGGGAACAUGAUAUUGCAAUUAAAUUCUUCCAGAGAGCGAUCCAGGUUGAUCCAAAUUAUGCUUAUGCCUAUACUCUACUAGGGCACGAGUUUGUGUUAACUGAAGAAUUAGACAAAGCAUUAGCUUGUUUUCGAAAUGCCAUCAGAGUCAACCCUAGACAUUAUAAUGCAUGGUAUGGUUUAGGAAUGAUUUAUUAUAAACAGGAAAAAUUCAGCCUUGCUGAAAUGCAUUUCCAGAAAGCGCUUGAUAUCAACCCUCAGAGUUCAGUUUUACUCUGCCACAUCGGAGUAGUUCAGCAUGCACUGAAGAAAUCUGAGAAGGCUUUGGAUACCCUGAACAAAGCCAUCGUCAUUGACCCCAAGAACCCUCUAUGCAAAUUUCACAGAGCCUCAGUUUUAUUUGCAAAUGAAAAAUAUAAGUCUGCUUUGCAAGAACUUGAAGAAUUGAAACAAAUUGUACCCAAAGAAUCCCUCGUUUACUUCUUAAUAGGAAAGGUUUACAAGAAAUUAGGUCAAACGCACCUCGCCCUGAUGAAUUUCUCUUGGGCUAUGGAUUUAGAUCCUAAAGGAGCCAAUAAUCAGAUUAAAGAGGCAAUUGAUAAGCGCUACCUUCCAGAUGAUGAGGAGCCAAUAACCCAAGAAGAACAGAUCAUGGGAACAGACGAAUCCCAGGAGAGCAGCAUGACAGAUGCAGACGACACACAACUUCAUGCAGCUGAAAGUGAUGAAUUUUAACUUCUGGAAAUGGAACUUUUGCAACUGGAUGUGUGACUAGUGCUGACAUGUUUUUGUUCCUCCGUACUCUGAGUCUCUACUCCUGAGCCAGCAGUGUCAUCAUCCGUCACUUAUACCAUGCGUGUGCCACUUUCACUGGACCCUGACUGCAUACAGAACGAAAGGCAGUGCAAUAUUUAGCUGCUAACCAGACUGGCUCUUUCACCAGUAUGAAUGACAAUUUAGGGGGGGUAGGG